ACGCGGGGCGGCCAGACGGCAGCGGUCCUGCGAGGCGCUCGCGCGCGUCUGAGUCGCUCACAGUCCGCGGCAGCCGCCCCCGCUGGCCUUUCGCCUUGCUUCGGCCUCCCGCGCUCCCGCACGCUGCCCGCCGCCGCUCUUGAUGCCGAGCAGAGCCGCUGCGUGAUGGGGCUGCGGAGCGGCGCCCUGCGGCUCGCGGCGGCCGCUGCUCGCGCUGAGGUGCGUCGGUGCCGGGUCCGCCGCGGCUCCUGCUGACCGGCCCGCACGCCCGUCGGUCCGCAGCGCGGCUGAGGAAACUUGAAUAUAACUUCAAAAGAAGAUUUGUUUUUUUAUUUGUGGAUUGCAUAUAAAGAAGAAGGCCAUCAGAAUGUCGGGAGCCUCAGUGAAGGUGGCUGUCCGGGUGAGGCCCUUCAAUUCUCGAGAGACCAGCAAGGAGUCCAAGUGCAUCAUCCAGAUGCAGGGCAACUCGACCAGUAUUAUUAACCCAAAGAACCCAAAGGAGGCCCCCAAGUCUUUCAGCUUCGACUACUCCUACUGGUCUCACACCUCGCCUGAAGAUCCCUGUUUUGCAUCUCAAAACCGUGUGUACAAUGACAUUGGAAAGGAAAUGCUCUUACAUGCCUUUGAGGGAUACAAUGUCUGUAUUUUUGCCUAUGGGCAGACUGGUGCUGGGAAAUCUUACACAAUGAUGGGUAAACAAGAAGAAAGCCAGGCUGGCAUUAUUCCACAGUUAUGUGAAGAGCUGUUUGAGAAAAUCAGUGACAACUGUAAUGAAGAAAUGUCCUACUCUGUAGAGGUGAGCUACAUGGAAAUUUACUGUGAGAGAGUGAGAGAUUUGCUUAAUCCAAAAAACAAAGGUAAUUUGCGUGUUCGUGAACACCCACUUCUGGGACCCUAUGUAGAGGAUCUGUCAAAGUUGGCAGUAACUUCGUACACAGACAUCGCUGACCUCAUGGAUGCUGGGAACAAAGCCAGGACAGUGGCAGCUACCAACAUGAAUGAAACAAGUAGCCGUUCCCACGCUGUGUUUACCAUUGUUUUCACCCAGAAGAAACAUGAUGCUGAGACUAACCUUUCCACUGAGAAGGUUAGUAAAAUCAGCUUGGUGGAUCUAGCAGGAAGUGAACGUGCCGAUUCAACUGGUGCCAAAGGGACUCGAUUAAAGGAAGGAGCAAACAUUAAUAAGUCUCUUACAACUUUGGGCAAAGUCAUUUCAGCUUUGGCAGAGGUGGAUAACUGCACCAGCAAGAGUAAAAAGAAGAAGAAAACUGAUUUUAUUCCUUACAGAGAUUCUGUACUUACUUGGCUCCUUCGAGAAAAUCUAGGUGGCAAUUCUCGGACUGCAAUGGUUGCUGCUCUGAGCCCAGCAGAUAUCAACUACGAUGAAACUUUGAGUACUCUGAGAUAUGCAGAUCGUGCAAAACAGAUUAAAUGCAAUGCUGUUAUCAAUGAGGACCCCAAUGCCAAACUGGUUCGAGAAUUAAAGGAGGAGGUAACACGGCUGAAGGACCUUCUUCGUGCACAGGGGCUGGGAGAUAUUAUUGACAUUGAUCCGUUGAUCGAUGAUUACUCUGGAAGUGGAGGCAAAUAUCUGAAAGAUUUUCAGAACAAUAAGCAUAGGUACUUGCUAGCCUCUGAGAAUCAACGCCCUGGCCAUUUUUCCACAGCAUCCAUGGGGUCCCUCAGUUCAUCCCCAUCUUCCUGCUCACUCAAUAGUCAAGUGGGCUUGACAUCUGUGACCAGUAUUCAGGAGAGGAUCAUGUCUACACCUGGAGGAGAAGAAGCCAUUGAACGUCUGAAGGAAUCAGAGAAGAUCAUUGCUGAGUUGAAUGAGACCUGGGAAGAGAAGCUUCGUAAAACAGAGGCUAUCAGAAUGGAGAGAGAGGCCUUGUUGGCUGAGAUGGGAGUUGCCAUUCGAGAAGAUGGAGGAACCCUAGGGGUUUUCUCACCUAAAAAGACCCCACAUCUUGUUAAUCUCAAUGAAGACCCACUGAUGUCUGAGUGCCUGCUUUAUUACAUCAAAGAUGGAAUCACAAGGGUUGGCCAAGCAGAUGCUGAGCGGCGCCAGGACAUAGUGCUGAGUGGGGCUCACAUCAAGGAGGAGCAUUGUGUCUUCCGCAGCGAGAGAAGCAACAGCGGUGAAGUUAUCGUGACUCUAGAGCCCUGUGAGCGCUCAGAAACCUACGUAAAUGGCAAGAGGGUGGCCCAGCCUGUUCAGCUGCGCUCAGGAAAUCGUAUCAUUAUGGGUAAAAACCAUGUUUUCCGUUUUAACCACCCUGAGCAAGCACGAGCUGAGCGGGAAAAGACUCCUUCUGCUGAAACCCCCUCUGAGCCAGUGGACUGGACUUUCGCUCAGAGAGAGCUUCUGGAAAAACAAGGAAUUGAUAUGAAACAGGAGAUGGAGAAAAGGCUACAGGAAAUGGAGAUAUUAUACAAAAAAGAGAAGGAAGAAGCAGAUCUUCUUCUGGAGCAGCAGAGACUGGACUAUGAGAGUAAGUUGCAGGCCUUGCAGAAGCAGGUUGAGACCAGAUCCCUGGCUGCAGAAACAACUGAAGAGGAAGAAGAGGAGGAGGAAGAAGUUCCUUGGACCCAGCAUGAAUUUGAGUUGGCCCAAUGGGCCUUCCGGAAAUGGAAGUCUCACCAGUUUACUUCAUUAAGGGACUUACUCUGGGGCAAUGCUGUGUACCUAAAGGAAGCCAAUGCCAUCAGUGUGGAACUAAAGAAGAAGGUGCAGUUUCAGUUUGUUCUGUUGACUGACACACUGUACUCGCCUUUGCCUCCCGAGUUACUUCCCACUGAUAUGGAAAAAACUCAUGAGGACAGGCCUUUCCCUCGCACUGUGGUGGCAGUAGAAGUCCAGGAUCUGAAGAAUGGAGCAACACAUUAUUGGUCUUUGGAGAAACUCAAGCAGAGGCUGGAUUUGAUGCGAGAGAUGUAUGACAGGGCAGGGGAGAUGGCCUCUGGUGCCCAAGAUGAAAGCGAGACCACUGUGACUGGCAGUGAUCCAUUCUACGAUCGGUUCCACUGGUUCAAACUUGUGGGAAGUUCCCCCAUUUUCCACGGCUGUGUGAAUGAGCGCCUUGCCGACCGCACGCCCUCCCCCACUUUUUCCACGGCUGAUUCCGACAUCACUGAGCUGGCUGACGAGCAGCAAGAUGAGAUGGAGGAUUUUGAUGAUGAGGCAUUCGUGGAUGACACCGGCUCUGACGCAGGGACGGAGGAGGGAUCAGAUCUCUUCAGUGACGGGCAUGACCCGUUUUACGACCGAUCCCCUUGGUUCAUUUUAGUGGGAAGGGCAUUUGUUUACCUGAGCAAUCUGCUGUAUCCUGUGCCCCUGAUCCAUAGGGUGGCCAUUGUCAGUGAGAAGGGGGAAGUGCGGGGAUUUCUGCGUGUGGCUGUCCAGGCCAUUGCAGCGGAUGAAGAAGCUCCUGAUUAUGGCUCUGGAAUUCGACAGUCAGGAACAGCUAAAAUAUCUUUUGAUAACGAGUACUUUAAUCAGAGUGACUUUUCUUCUGUUGCAAUGACUCGCUCUGGUCUGUCCUUGGAGGAGCUGAGGAUUGUGGAAGGACAGGGUCAGAGUUCUGAGGUCAUCACUCCUCCAGAAGAAAUCAAUCCAAUGAAUGACUUGGAUUUGAAGUCUGGCACUUUGCUAGAUGGCAAGAUGGUGAUGGAAGGGUUUUCGGAAGAGAUUGGCAACCACCUGAAACUGGGCAGUGCCUUCACUUUCCGAGUAACUGUGUUGCAGGCCAGUGGGAUCCUCCCAGAGUAUGCGGAUAUCUUCUGCCAGUUCAACUUUUUGCAUCGCCAUGAUGAAGCAUUCUCCACUGAACCCCUCAAAAACAAUGGCAGAGGAAGUCCCCUGGGCUUUUAUCACGUGCAGAAUAUUGCAGUGGAGAUCACUGAAUCCUUUGUGGAUUACAUCAGGACCAAACCGAUUGUGUUUGAGGUCUUUGGACACUACCAGCAGCACCCCCUCCACCUGCAGGGACAGGAGCUGAGCAGCCCACCUCAGCCGUCUCGCCGGUUCUUCCCUCCACCCAUGCCGCUGUCCAAGCCAGUUCCAGCCACCAAGUUAAACACCAUGAGCAAAACCAGCCUUGGCCAGAGCAUGAGCAAGUAUGACCUUCUGGUUUGGUUUGAGAUCAGUGAACUGGAGCCUACAGGAGAGUAUAUCCCAGCUGUGGUUGACCACACAGCAGGCUUACCCUGCCAGGGGACAUUUCUGCUUCACCAGGGCAUCCAGCGAAGGAUCACAGUGACCAUUAUCCACGAGAAGGGGAGUGAGCUCCACUGGAAAGAUGUUCGGGAACUGGUAGUCGGCCGGAUUAGGAAUAAGCCUGAGGUGGAUGAAGCCGCAGUUGAUGCCAUCCUCUCUUUAAAUAUUAUUUCUGCCAAGUACCUGAAGUCUUCCUACAACUCUAGCAGGACCUUCUACCGCUUUGAGGCUGUGUGGGACAGCUCUCUACAUAACUCCCUUCUUCUGAACCGAGUGACACCUUAUGGAGAAAAGAUCUACAUGACCUUGUCGGCCUACCUGGAGCUGGAUCAUUGCAUCCAGCCCGCUGUCAUCACCAAGGACGUGUGCAUGGUCUUCUAUUCCCGAGAUGCCAAGAUCUCACCUCCACGCUCGCUGCGCAGCCUCUUCGGCAGUGGCUACUCAAAGUCACCUGACUCCAAUCGUGUCACUGGCAUUUAUGAACUCAGCUUAUGCAAAAUGGCAGACACAGGUAGUCCAGGCAUGCAAAGGAGGAGAAGAAAAGUCUUAGAUACGUCAGUGGCAUAUGUGCGGGGAGAGGAGAACUUGGCAGGCUGGCGGCCCCGUGGAGAUAGCCUUAUUCUGGAGCACCAAUGGGAGCUGGAGAAGCUGGAGCUCCUACAUGAGGUGGAGAAAACUCGUCACUUCCUGCUGCUGCGUGAGAGACUUGGUGACAGCAUCCCCAAAUCCAUGAGCGACUCAUUGUCCCCCAGCCUCAGCAGCGGGACACUCAGCACCUCUACCAGCAUCUCCUCUCAGAUCUCAACCACCACCUUUGAAAGUGCUGUCACACCCAGUGAGAGCAGUGGCUACGACUCAGCAGACAUCGAAAGCCUGGUGGAUAGAGAGAAAGAGCUGGCUACCAAGUGCCUGCAACUUCUCACCCACACGUUCAACAGAGAAUUCAGCCAGGUGCACAGUAGCAUCAGUGACUGUAAGCUGUCUGACAUCUCCCCCAUUGGACGGGACCCCUCAGAGUCCAGUUUUAGCAGUGCUACUCUCACUCCCUCCUCCACCUGCCCCUCGCUGGUAGAAUCCAGGAGCAACUCCUUGGAUCAGAAGACCCCAGAAGCCAAUUCCCGGGCCUCUAGUCCUUGUCCAGAAUUUGAACAGUUUCAGAUUGUCCCAGCUGUGGAAACACCCUAUUUGGCCCGAGCAGGAAAAAAUGAAUUUCUCAAUCUGGUUCCAGAUAUUGAAGAAAUUAGACCAGGCUCAGUGGUCUCUAAGAAAGGAUACCUGCAUUUCAAGGAGCCACUUUGCAGCAACUGGGCUAAACAUUUUGUUGUGGUCCGUCGCCCUUACGUCUUCAUCUAUAACAGUGACAAGGACCCAGUGGAGCGUGGGGUCAUCAACCUGUCAGCAGCGCAGGUGGAGUGCAGCGAGGACCAGCAGGCCAUGCUGAAGACACCCAACACUUUUGCUGUCUGCACCAAGCACCGUGGGGUCCUUUUGCAGGCUCUCAAUGACAAGGACAUGAACGACUGGUUGUAUGCUUUCAACCCACUUCUUGCUGGCACGAUACGGUCAAAACUCUCCCGCAGAUGCCCAAGCCAGCCGAAAUACUAAGUGACUCUGCUGCGUGCCCUCACUCGCCUGUGAGAGAUAAAGAAAGUGUUGCCUCUUGUUCUCUUUGUGAUUCUUGACGGUGACUCCUAUAUGUAACCCUGUGGCCCCACCUCUCCCUCCUCGUCUGGACUCCUCCAGCACUCCUAUUCCCCAUCUCCAUUGCUCUGUACUCUUUUCUUUUUUCCUGUGCUGAGAAUCUUUUUAGUAGCAUGUGGCCUAACAAAAGGAAAAAAAACUUUAAAAAAUUCCAUACACAAAAAACCCUGAGGGGAUCCAGUGAGUCUCCAAGUCACUUUUUGGUGUAUUUUGACUUCCUUUUGUAUGACAGGUCCCCACUCCGAUGACCACUCCUAUGUCUGUGCUGCUGUCUAUGAAUACCUUUGUCUUUUUUUUCAAGCCACAUAAUGAUUUUUUUUCUCUUCUGUGUGUGUGAUACCACUUUAAUUUUUUCUUGGGUGGCUUAGAGACUAAGGGAGGAGACAUCUGGCCUUUCUAAAACCCGAGAAGAAAAAAUUUAACCUUUUUUUUUUUCCCCCUUCUGUCUCUUUGCCAUGGCUAAUCCAUGCAUUUCCAUGCAGGGAAAAGGUUGUGGUGGUGAGCUUAGAAAUGGGACAGUUACUAUAUUCUCUGAGUCGAAAUUGGCACAUAUUCAGAGCAUAGUUGUGGAAUUUUCAUUUACUGGAAGAGAGAAGAGAGGUCUGGGGCAGUAGCUGCGGUUGACCCUGUCAGUAGGAAAGGGCCACAAACACAGCUGGGGGGGACUGCAGGGACCACGAAGGUGGCGGUCACAGCAGGAUUCCUGCAAACUAUGUUUCUGUAUUGGGAGGGAGGUUGCUCUUAGGAGCUACUCAGUUCUGCUCUUGGCCUUGGAGGCUAUGGUACAGUUUGGAAUUGGUGCGGUGUCAGGCACAGAUAUUCCACAAGGGGGGAGUGUUUUACCUUCUGAUGAUAAACCUGAUAGUCAUUGUUGUCAUAAUUAAGACAGUGCUGAGUAGUGACCUUGAGAUUAUUGUAGCACUCUUUGAUCAAAGACAUGUGACUUUCAAUUACAAACUUAGGUCCCACUGAAUAGUCCAGCGUUGUUUCUAGUGAUGCUCAGCUCCCUGUACUCAUAAGUAAGCAGACAUGACAGGCUUUGCUUUCUGGAUCCCAGGAUUAAAACCAACCUCCCACCAUCAUCACCACAGACAGAAAAAAAGAUCCCCGGGGCUAAGGAAAAGCGUUGUUAGCGCUCUGCUGUGUUGCUCCUCCCUGGGUGUGGUCUCCUCUCCAGCCAGGCCAGAAAGAUCACCCGUGUGGAAGGAAGAAGCUCACUGCUGACAGGGUCUCAUUGUCCUCUGCCAGACCAGGCUCAUCUGGCUUCCAGAGACCAUCACAGAAGCUAACUGUCUUUUAGCUGCCAGUAAGUUUUACAGGAUGACAUGGGGAACAGAAAGCCUUCGGUGACUUCAGUUGCUUGGCCAGUUGACUUGAGGUUGUUUUGUACCAUUCUUUCCUUCCCCUGCUCAGGCAUUCAGGAAGGUAUCUGCGUGCUCCCACUUUGCAAGGCCCUGAGGGUUCUUGGCCUUGAGUUGCUGACUGAGGUGACUGGCAGCUGGCUUACUUUCCAUUCCCACAGUGAGAGCCGCAUGCGCGUGUCCCUCUGCAGAGCAGUUGCCAGGGAGCCGUGUCAGCACCUAGACCCUUCUGACUUCCUGGCAGGACUCCUCUCUGAAGAAGAGUCUCCAGCCUCACUCAUUAGAGCUGCCUUGCAAAGAGGAAAAAUGAAUCAUGGCGAGCUUAAAAAGGAAGGGGUUGAAACCACAGACUAGCCUCAUCUGAAAAGGGAUUGAUGAAAACUCUGAUGGAUUCUUAUAAACUUUCUUCCUAACUCUAAUGUUAUUUGUUUUCUAAGUGGUAUGUGAUAUUUCUAAUAUAGAUGGACAUUUCUUCGUUUGUCUAAUGGACACAAUGUGCCCUUCUGGUACAUACCCAAAUCCAGUGGGGUCUGUUAGAGCUUCAGGAAGCUCUUCUGGACUGGAAUGAAAUCUAAUUUCAGGGAAAUGAAGAUGGAAUUGAAGGUCAUUUAAAAAAUGAAAUCACUGAUGUUGCUGCUGUUAUGAAGUGUGACAGAGGACCCAUGUCUGUGACCAGGGAGGAGCUGUGGGGAGGUGGGAGGAUUGGGGGGAGGGAAGCUGGAGGUUGAGUGAGAUCAUACAACACACUGAAAUGACUUCGUUUUUCUUCUGACUCAAACAUGUCUGGUUUGGAAAGUCUUUGCUUUGGAAAUGUCAAACUUCAGAACUCCACUCUGGGCUGUCUGUUCAUUACGUGCCCAGAGAAGAAGGCUCCUUAGGAAGCCAGAGGAAGCAAGUCGUGUCCUGUGGGGGCUGCAGCGGCGUGCUUCCCCAUCUGAGCAGCCUCCGCGGUGACUGGCAGUGACUGACAGGUACAGCCAGCCCCUGUUGGGUCCCCACUACUUUCCGGAUGGAUGUUCCCUUUCAUCCCCACUGCGAAGCUCUGAGAGAGGAUUUAUGGCAGGAACUAUUUAUGAGACUUUAGCUAUUGCCAUAGUGGGGGGAAAGUUAAGAAAUCUAAUCCAUAUGGAAACUACCUUUUAAGGUGACUUUUUCUUUUCCUUAAGGCACUCCUUUAAACAGGCAAAGAAUAACAAAGGCAAGAGAAAUAAUUCACAAAUUAAGAGAAAGGAGUGCUGGUUAAAGCUAAUCGUCUUCUCCUUCCCUCAUUCCCUCAUCUGCUUUUCUCCUGCCAAAGCAAAACACCGCCUCAUAGCCCGCCGUGGCGUACAGUGCUCUUGCCCUCCCUGUCCCUGUUGCCUGCCUAGGAGUCAGUCAGCUCCCAGGCCGGGCCACGCGGGGCCUGCCAGCCCAUGCCUGUGGUCUGGAGCACGGGGCCUCUGAGCUCCAGAGCACUGUUCAAACACGGCAAAGGUGAGGGGAAAUGCCAUGCACUUUCCAAACUAAGAAACCACUACUAUUUGAUAUAUUUUUUCUCUUCAGAUUUAUAGAAUUUAUAUAACUACUCAUAUUUUUGAUGGAUUUUUCCAACUAAGGUGAAGGAAUAAAUUAAAUCAUUUGUGAAUGGUUUGGGGAGUCUAAAAACAGGAUGACUUUUCCUGGCGCAUGUUUCAAAGCAAAGACUGUUGCCUGCUGCUUAUUGUCCGGUUUACAGGGAUAUUUAGUUGUGUGGGUCUGUGUGUAUUUAUACAGCCGUAAUGAAGGGCACAGUGGCCUGUUGGUGUCCCUCCACGCCUCCCUCAUGCCGGGUCCAGUGGGCAGGGGCAGGGCUUAUCUGUUUGACUUGGGUCCUUGAGUUUUCCUUUUGAUUCCCUUUUAAAAAUGUGAUUGUUAACCUGCUUCUUAAAAAGAAAAGACUAAUUCUGCUGCUGCUCUCAGAGUGCUUGCUGAAUGUGUUUAAAGAGGACUCUAACUUGUAUGCACUACAACUGUUCACCCUGGCCAUCGACACCUGGGGUGCUGGGCCAGACCACGACUGUAUGUAGCAGGAAUGUAUUAAUUUGUGCAUCGUUAGUGAGCAGAAAUAUCAGCUGAGAGAUUAUUUGCUGUUACUGUUCAAAAGGCCAUUUAUGAAAUUAGUAUUUGAACCCCAUAAAAUCUUAAGAAAGCCUCCAAUCAAUUAAAGGAAGAAAUUCAGGUUGGUACACAAUUCUUGUUAAAAACUCAAUAGCGAAACGGCUGUGCUCAGAUGAGAAUUCUGAGCCGAGGUUGGUCUCUCGCCAAACCCUGGCUGUUGUGUGUUGUUUUUCGUGUCUUUGAGUUACUUUGUUUUUAUGUCGAGCACUUGGCAUCAGUUCACCCGAAGAACCUAUCAGCCUUCUGGUGUUUAAAGCAUCGUCUUAAACUUUGUGGCUCUAAAAUAUUUGUCUGUUGAGAUGUCCAGUCUCUUGUCACCACCCUUGCACACUACAACAGAACUCAUGAUGCAUAAGUGGCCUUUUUGAACCAAGACUUCGCAAACUGAUCUCUCCCCAGUGAAGGAGUUGAGCACAUUAGCAACAAUGUACAUUAUUAAUUUUGGAUUUUCAUUUCCAUGUUUUAUUUUGUAAAUAUUACCUGAUGUUUGGAGCUUGAGUAUACAGAAUGUAAAUAUAGUUCUUGUAUUUGUACUAAUUCUGAUUCCUUUGCUGUAUAGCCUUAGGUGUGCAAUGCAGACAUUAUCUAACUGUGUAUGGUAACCUUGCAUCACGGAACUAUUAGUGAACGAGGUAAAAUAAUAAAGGUACAACCGGUACAUCAAA